AAUCCAUUCAAUCCAACAAGUUUGGAGAGCGUGUUGAGUUUAAUCAAUUCAGAACGUCGAGAUGGAGCCCAACUCACCGAAGUGGGUAGGCUCUUCUUGCGGUUUACACGGACCAUAUAUAUUCUACAAGGCGUUUAAAUUUCACCGGGACGGUAAACCAAGAAUUCUGUCCCUCGGAGACUUUUUCUUCGUGCGAUGUAAGCCUGGGGAUCCGAUUUGCAUAGCGGAGCUACAGCUGUUGUGGGAGGAAAGGACUACUAAGCAACUUUUAUCAAGCUCAAAACUUUAUUUCUUACCCGAAGAUACUCCCUCGGGAAGGACAGUUAGCCAUGGAGAGCAUGAGGUCAUUGCUGUGUCAGAGAAGGUGAUUGUUCGGUUGGAGGACCUGGUGAAGUGGACAGUCCCAGAGUUUUCGGAAUGGUCCCACGGGCUGCGGGCAGCGCCUCUGAAGCCCUCUGUCCUGAGGGAGCUGGGCACCAACGGACACAGAGAGGCCCUCCACAGAUACAGGGAGAGCACCUUCACCAGCGGCCUCAACUUCAGAGACAUCCAAAGGGAGAGGUCUCAACUGGGUCAGGAAGAUGACGGCAAGAAAGUGCUGGUGAUGAGCUACCCCCAGUACUGUCGUUACCGCUCGGUCCUGGCCCGGCUCAGAGAGCAGCCGUCUGCCCUGCUGACGGACCACACCGUGCUGGCUUUGGGCGGCAUCGCCUCCCAACACAACACCACACGCAUCCUCUACUGCAGGGACACCUUCGAACACCCCACCCUGCUGCAGAAUGAGAGUGUCUGCGAAGAGUUCGCCCCUAACCUGAAGGGUCGGCCACGGAAGAAGAAACUGUCAGUGUCCCAGCGAAGGGACUCCCAGGGCCACAGUCAGGGGCCUCAGGGACCCCAAGAACCCAGCACCCCAGAGAACAAGUCUCACACCAAGGUAAAACCUAACUGCAAGUUGACGGUUCCCACCAGAGGCACAAUGGCCAAACCCAGAAUCUGUAAACAGGCAUCUGUGGAGGAGAAGGUGGAGAGGGAGAAGAAGGAGGAGAAAGAAGAGGAUGAGGAAUCAUCAAAUGAGAGUCGGCCAGACGAGCAGGCCUUCCUAGUAGCCCUAUACAAGUACAUGAAAGACAGGGACACACCUAUCGAUAGGAUCCCCUUCCUGGGAUUUAAGCAGAUUAACCUUUGGACUAUGUUUCAAGCUGCUCAGAAACUCGGAGGAUAUGAGUUGAUCACAGUUCGCAGACAGUGGAAAAAUGUAUAUGAUGAGCUGGGUGGAAACCCAGGGAGCACAAGUGCCGCCACAUGCACACGAAGACACUACGAGAGGCUCCUCCUACCCUAUGAGAGGUACACCAAAGGAGAGAAGGACAAACCCCUCCCCUCAGCCAAACCCAAAAAACAGGAGCAUGGGGCCCAAGAGGGGGGUGCCAAACCCAAAGGGGUCACAGCAAAACGACCUAAAGGUGGACUAAACCAGAGACAGGUGGCCAGGAAGGAGAGAGAGAGCGACGACGCAGCAAAAAGCCAGGAGCUCUCACAGGUGUCUGAGGAGAAAGAGGAGAACCAGGAGCCUGCAGUGAUGAAGCAGGGUCCUCUUUCCAGAAAGGAGCCUGAAGAAGAGUUACAACACACCCUGAAGAAAGAGGAGACAUUGAGCCAGGAGGAAGUGUCCUGCCUGAAUCCCCCCAACACAGACUGCCACCGAGCCACACCUGUGCUCCACAGUGAUCUGUGUCCACAGCCCGAGUGGAGACAUCCCAGCCAGCCACAAUCAGACACAUUCAACCCUGAGCAAAGGGACCAAGCUGAUGGAACCCUCUCUAAGACCCCAUAUCCACACAACUGGGACAACAACAACAGUAAGCCUAGGUAUAGCAGUCUAGCUGACCCAAGCACACCUGACACUCCGGUAGCUAAAGACACAGACAGUCACAGUUAUGGACAUGGUGGGAGGGUGGGUAAGGUGCUGCCCAUGUGUAAGCAGAGCCCACCCCCACUGCAGCUAUACUCUACAGAGCCACUCACAGACAAACAGGACUCCCCCAGUAAAAACAAAGAGAUAAAUCAGUGUCACGUGCACACGCCAACAACAUACUCCAAGGACAACCUGGGGGUCAUGUCCCCACUAGCCAAGAAGAAGCUCCUCUCCCAAGUCUGUGAGACAAGUCAUUACUCAUUCAGUUCCCCUCAUCUUCCUCCUCCCACUCCAUCAGUCAGUGUGGGUGAUGUAAGCGACAGCUGCGUAGAGGAGGUGGUGAAACUGAGGCAGGACUCCAUCCCGGACAGCCCAGAGAUGGCUCCUGUCUUCAGGCCUUCUGUCAUCCAGCAUGCCCAAAGCGUCAAACCCCAGCAAGAGAGGAGUCCUCUGGGGGAUCUGUCUGAGCCUUUCACUUGCAGAGUGAGCCACUUCCAGCCCCGGCUCAACCCCCCCUGGCACCCCUACCUCCACAGGACUGAGCACCAGGAUGGAGUGGAGAAUGCAGGAGAGACACGGAUGCAGCAGCACCCCAGUCAGGCACCAUCAGGCUUUGCAGGCGACUGCUACUCCUCCCCUCACCUACACAACCUCUACCGGCAGACAGAGAACUGUCUGAGCCAAGAGCGAAUGGCCAAUUAUCCCAACAGAGACAAACAGGGACAUUUUAUCGGGGAAUGUCAGAGCAGCGAGGGCUUCAGCUUAAACAAUCCUGACAGAGAAGGGUUGGCUUACAGAGCUCCCCACUUCUCUGAGAGGACACAAACACAUGGGGAUAGACCAUUGGACGAGGAACCCCGAGAUUUCAGUAUUUCCAAGCCUGUCACUCAAAGAAUGUCUUUCACAAAGCCCUCUUUCUGUGGCCUCCCAUAUCCCAUGAUGCAUCAGAGUUUAGACUAUCACCCCAAAGCAUGCAGAGUCCUCCCCAUGACUAUAUCUACCCCCAAACAAAGCCCAGACCCCCCUCAGCCCUUCUUCAACCCUAAAAGCCACGCUGAGACUGUCAGUGCCUCCAGACCCAGUAAGAGAAGCCUGGGGGAACUAGAGAACGAGGGGGUGCCAGACCGCAAGGUGCGAGUGGUGACCCCCAUGCACCCAGCCGGCUCUAUCCGCAGGGGCGACCCACAGGGGGAGGAGCUCAAACCAGCUGAACCGGCACACGCCAUUCACCUCCACAUUCCUGAGGGCCACACCUACCCUCCCCACACACCCUUCUACCCAGGGAUGUACCCCGGGAUGCAGGAUGCCCUCCAUCACAACCUCCAGUACCUGAAGAGCCAGACAGCUGUGUCCCCCCUGGUCCCUCCACUAGCCUUCCACUCCAUGAUGCUACAGAGGCAGCUGAUGGCCUCACAGCCCAGCCCUCAUCACUUCUACAGGCACCCUGGGGGGGCGGCCCUGUACGGGGACCUCCUGCACCACCUGUACCCCCUGUCCACCCUUACCCACCCACAGCUGUCCUCCAUGCACCCCAGCACCAGACUCUAACAGACAAACCCACAUGGAGCUUAACUGUCUACCUGGGACAGUGGAUCUAGUGUUCUAUUAUUCAGUAAGCAUGACAACACUGGUUAACUGUAGCUGGUGGAUUUAGUCAGGCACACAGUUACAUUUUUUUGUAUUUUUUGUUUGUUUUUGCACUGUGCUGUAUCACCACUUAAGUUACCUUGUCUCAAUUUGCACUCUGUAGUGUUUGUGUUCACCAACCAGGUCCUUUCUCUCGCUCAACAGUCAGGUUCUUACUAUCUUUAUGUGUGGGGGGACGGGAGACAGAGAAAAGCCAUUGGCAUGCAUGUCGGGGGAUAAUCAGAUUUGCUGGGUCUCCAAAGGGAUGGACUACAUCACUGCAAUGCAACAACCUCAUCCUCCAAAUGUGUUCUGGGGAUUUUAUCAGGUUGAAACACUAAAAAAAACAUGAGGGGCCUAUCUAAAAUAGACUCUUUACGCAAAGUUUGCCAUUGGAAAAGUUAAUGCAGCUGUUAAGCAUUAGGCUACUCCACCUUCAAUCAAGUUUUUAAUAUCUUUUUAGAGCUCUCUAGUGUGGUGCUUUGGCCUGUUUCUGUUCAUGUAUAAGUCAACUACACCUGUAUUCUUAGGAAUUACUGUGUUAAACCACGGUGCUGUACAAAACCACAAGGCCCUGAGGUAUUGUAUGUACAGUACCAGUCCAAAAUUUGGAUACAACUACUCAUUCCAGGGUUUUUCUUUAUUUCUACUAUUUUCUACAUUGUAGAAUAAUAGUGAAG